AUCAUUGACGCUAGCUAGCUGCGUGAUCUCCAUGACUACCACCACAGUACAAGCCAACCAACGAAAACAGCUGAGAGAAAUAUUUGGCCGAUUCGAUAUGGAUUCAGAUGGCAGCCUUACCCUCCUCGAGUUUGCAGCGCUUCUACGGUCUCUUGGGAUCAAACCAACUGGGGAUCAAAUUCAUGUCUUGUUGGGUAAAAUGGAUUCUAAUGGAAAUGGGUCAGUGGAAUUUGAAGAAUUGGUUGCCAUAUUAUCCCCUGAUGAUGAUCAAAUGGAGAAGCAAGAGGAGAUAUUAAUCAAUCAGGAGCAACUAUUGGAGGUAUUUCGAUCUUUUGAUCGUGAUGGCAAUGGAUAUAUAACUCCCGCAGAACUCGCCGGUUCAAUGGCUAAGAUGGGUCACCCUUUAACUUAUCCAGAGCUUACAGAGAUGAUGCGUGAAGCUGAUAGUAAUGGUGAUGGUGCCAUUAGCUUCAAUGAAUUUACCACUUUAAUGGCGAAAUCCGCCACUGAUUUCCUCGGCUUCACCCUCUAAUUU